UAUUGCUUUUCCCGAACACCACACCCUGUGUUUUGGAUUAAAAUCGUGUUUUGGGUCGGGUUCUGACCCGUAAUCGCGACUUUAUAAUCCGUUCCUGGAUCUAUGGAGUUAGAAAAUAUAGUUGCAAAUACCGUUUACCUCAAAGCCCGACAAGGCGAUGGUGGUAAACGGAAGGGUAAAAGCAAGAAAUGGAAACAGAUCCUGCGAUUCCCGCAUAUAUCAAAUUGCAUGGACAUAAAGAAUAAAAUACCUGGUACUGGUACUGGUAAUGACAUGAACAUCGGAAACUCAGAUUUAUCAUAUAAGUUUAUAUUGGAGCAACAGCCCAUAGGACGGCAGCUUUUUCGAGAGUUUUGUAGAACAAAGCCUGAAUUAGAAAGAGCCACACAUUUUUUAGAUGCAGUGGAUAGCUAUGAAGUUGCUGCCGAUGAAGACCGGGCGGCAAUAGCCACUGAGAUAUAUGACAAGUAUUUGCAUUCAGAAGCCCCAGAGUUAGUGGAACAAAUUAAUAGCAAUCAUGCAGCCACAUGUAAAGAUGCAAUAGCAGGGGAUCACGCCAAUAAAGAAUUAUUUAAUGAAUGUGGAGAGUUAGUAAAAGAUUAUUUAUGUAAGGACCCAUUUAACGAAUUUUUAGAAAGUAUGUAUUUCAAAAGGUAUUUACAGUGGAAAUGGUUAGAAAGUCAACCAGUCACAAAGAACACAUUCAGAAUGUACAGGGUGCUUGGGAAAGGAGGAUUUGGCGAGGUGUGCGCCUGCCAAGUCAGGGCGACGGGCAAAAUGUAUGCAUGUAAAAAGUUAGAAAAGAAGCGGAUAAAGAAACGCAAGGGUGAGGCCAUGGCACUGAAUGAGAAACAAAUACUACAAAAGGUGAACUCAAGAUUCGUGGUGAGUUUGGCCUAUGCAUUUGAGACGAAAGAAGCCCUGUGCCUGGUGCUGACAAUCAUGAAUGGCGGUGACCUCAAGUUUCACAUUCACAACAUGGGCAACCCAGGAUUCGAAGAGACGAGAGCAGCGUUUUAUGCAGCUGAAAUUGCAUUAGGCUUAGCACAUCUCCAUGCAGAGAGGAUCGUCUACAGGGACUUGAAACCAGAGAAUAUUCUGUUAGAUGACUUUGGCCAUGUCAGGAUAUCAGACCUUGGGUUGGCGGUCGAGAUCGCUGAAGGAGAAUCGAUAAGGGGCCGAGUGGGAACAGUGGGCUACAUGGCUCCUGAAGUAGUAAAGAAUGAAAAAUACACGUUCAGUCCUGACUGGUGGGGACUCGGGUGUAUCAUUUAUGAAAUGAUAGAAGGACGGGCGCCGUUCAGGGCUCGUAAAGAGAAAGUCAAGCGAGAGGAAGUGGACAGACGGGUAAAAGAGGACCUUGAGUCAUACUCUGACAAAUUCAGCGAGGACUGCAAGUCAAUAUGCAUGGCGCUUUUACAAAAGGAUCCCAAGCAAAGAUUAGGUACAGAAGGGGCCAAGGAUGUCAAAGCUCACAUAUUUUUCAAGUCAAUCAACUUCAAACGUUUGGAAGCAGGCGUGAUGGACCCUCCAUUUUGUCCAGAUCCCCGAGCAGUUUACUGCAAGGAUGUCCUGGACAUUGAACAGUUUUCAACAGUGAAAGGCGUCAAUCUAGACCCAAGUGACGAUACAUUCUAUAGUAAAUUCAGUACGGGCAGUGUUUCUAUUCCUUGGCAGACUGAGAUGCUCGAGACGGAAUGCUACAAAGAACUCAACGUGUUCGGACUGAACGGUGAACCGAGUCAUGACCUUAUUGACCUUGAAGACAUGCCACCCCCACCCCCACGCCGGGGCUUCUUUGCCAAACUAUUUAAGAGACGAAGGUGAAAAAGGGAUAAAAUUAGGAUGUCUUUUUAAAAUAUAGAACCAGGACCAUAGUCACUGAUAGCAAAUGCCUGACGUCGGCCGAAGCUGGACAUGGAGCUACUUUUAAACGAUGAUGGAGGUUUCAUCUGUUGAUGACAUGACAGGACGUCUCAUCAUUGGAGUCGGACAGUUCUGAGGCCAACAUUCAAUGGUCGCUUGACUGGUUCAUGAUUGAAACUAGUUCCGACAAUGCGUUUUACGACAUAAUGUGCAAUACAGUCAUGACAGACGCCCGCUCAUUCUGGAAGUUGUCUGGGAUUUACUUGGAUAAAUGUUUUUAUGGGGUGUUCCCAGUGUGGUAUAGAACUACCCAAAGUGGUACUAUGGAUGAAUAAAGAAUUGUGGUUACAAAUGUGUAUGGAUUAGCUACAGGAAAAACGGAUUUGGAUUAUCAGUUGGCAAGUUGAUACGCUAUGGAUGUGCCUCAGUCCACUGUUUGAGAAAACUUGUGUAAAUGAGUGUGUGGCUACUAGUCUGUAUCUAACAAAGACUGGCGAUAUAUUUUGCUGCAAAUGGACGAAAAGCAGAGGAUUACAUUUGCCUCGUGGUGUGACAGACGAUCAACAUGGAAUCGGUUCCAUUGAAACUAGACUUAUAUCGAGAUUGCUGUGGUGUUGAACACAUGCAGAGGAUCACAUGCACCUCUUGGUGCGACAAGACGUUGGAUCAACAUGGAAUAUGAGAGAACGGUUGUAUUGAAUCUAGACUUACUGACACGGCUGUGUCCUGUAACAUACUCGCCUCCAGCCCUGCUGGUCAGUGUUUAUAAUUGUUGACAUGGUAUGUACAGUGCUAUGGAUAGUUAUUCAGAUCCAGUUAUUCUGAGCACAGAAAGAUUUCUAAAUGUUCCUUUUUGUGGCUGGUACCUUUUUUCUGAUGGAUGUGUUUGACCAGUGGAAAUGCAUUCGCUGCAAGUUACACUCAUACUGGAAUGAUAAAUAGGUGCUCUUACUUCUGUAAUAAUACUUAAGUGCUAUUACUGCUGUAAUAAUACUUAAGUGCUGUUAUGAGUACCAUAAUACAUCAAGGCUGUCACUAAUAUACAACUUCAAAAAGACUUUCAGCGGGACAGGCCAAACGUAUGUAGGUACUGGUGGAAAGUGCCUAGUUAGCUGAUUCUUACACUUGUACAAUUUGGCCGACACUUUUAGACAACGUCCUGGUCAAAGUUAUCAUUGUGCAGAGUGUCUGCAUGUUCUGCCAUGGCCUGUGCAUCUUUACCUGCAAGGUGUUGAUUCAAUAGCUGAUGGAUACUCUUAGAGGUUGAGUCACUGCACAUAGGGUCCUUGCAUGUGGUCAAUGAAGUCUGGACAGCAUUUUUAACAUCAGUUUGGUGUAACUUGCAGAAUGAGGAAAGCGUAUUUUACCUCGCUAGCAGUUUUGUUUUUAAAAAGACAAGAAACUGGUCUGAUUCACUCAAAGCUGCCAUGAGAUCUAGUCAAACGCCCCUGUUUAUAAUGAAAAUCAAAGCCAAAUGGUGUGUUAGUAAUUUCUAUAUGGUUGGUCGGUGGCUCUGUUUAAAUUGAUUCAUAUUUGUUGUGGAAGUCUAUUUUUCCCAAACUCGCCAGUCCCUUUGUAUAAAAUGUUCAUUGUAAGAAUAAGGUGAGAGGUGGUUUGUGCCGUUUCAUCAACCAUAGUGUGUAUGUACUUACUGAUAGGCUCCCUCGAUCGUGCUGGAACUAAGAUGGAUGCAGUUUGGUGUUCCAGUUAGUUUGGCUACUUUUUGGCAACUGUACAUCGAAAGUCGCAGGAAAUAUUGGUGAAGCACUAACUUAGGUUAUUCAUCAAGUUAUCAGGAUUAUAUUCACACUUAAGUUUCUAGCUGUGGCUGUUGCACCUGAGGGGGCUGUGUCGAUGGAGGUGCGCUCUGUUGUAUGUUCAAUGAUGAUCUCACCAUAGCUAUCAAGUGGUUGAAUGUUGGUGAGGAUGUUAUAAGUACAGAAAAUUCCGUUGUCUGACAAUUAUUCAAACAGUCCUUUGGAUUGCCAGUCCAAUGGUCUACUGUUGAGCUUUUAAGGCUCCCUGUUCUCUGCACUUGUUGACACCUUUAUAGAACUGACUGAGGCAGCGUUGGCCACUUGUGUAAUCCCAGUAUGGAUGUCAUAUCAUCUUGGCAGCUUGAUUGAGAGCUGUGCGGUAUACAGUUGUUUCAUAUUGAAGGUGCGAUGAAAAAUACUCGAAGCCAUCUUCUGGGAAGCUUGGCCUUUUGCUGUAGAUGACGCUGUCCUGAUAUUUAAAGCUUUUUUGAGUUGCGAACAAGUUGAAACAGAUCACUGGCAAUCACUCUUAUAUGUUGUGUCUGACGUGUGGAGAAUUUGACAGUGCCACAUUCAACCGUAUCAGAUUCUAUAGGAGUCCUGUGAUUGCUUCUCCCCUACUGUGUCGACCAGUUUUUACGGGCCAGUGGGUGCCUGAACAACAGGCCACUUUUACAAGUAAUAGGCCUGUGUUUGAGGCACCGCUUGACUGGCCUAAACCUGUCAACACAGUAUGGCUGACCACUUCAGUUUUAAUGGAAAAACGAAUUUUAGGUAACUGUAAAUUCUCUUAUAAUUAGGUACUUAUCUAUUGGGCGCCUGGUAGGGUGUGACAUUGCUGUUAAAAUACCUUGUGAGAUAACCUUGAAACAUUGUUAUUGAAUGUUAGGUGCUGAUGUUGUCUCUGCUAUUUCAAGCUGGUUAUCUUAAAAAUCAAAAAUGUCAUUUUUCUACUCGUGUGAAUUUUGUACACUUUGUGUAUUUUGCUACAGAAUAAGCUGGAAGGUGGUUGAUGAUUGGGUGUUCCUUAGUCAGGCUGACCUUGGUGUUUCUCAUGUGCUGUAACUCAACACCCCCUUACCUCUUCAAAAGACACUUAAAUAUAAAUCACGAAAAGUCUGUCUAUUCUUAUCUUAGUUGUGCAUUCUUUGAUUUGAGUUACAGCAAUGCAUAAUCACUUCUGGCUGGUCUUGUGUGUCCCCAUGUCGCUGCAGUGUUGAAUUGAUUUUGAAAAACUCAAAAGGAGACUUGAGUUGGAAUAAAGAUAGAACAUAACGGAAGCUAUUGCGAAUAAAAUCAUGACAGGGCUUACUGAUGAACUGGGUUAUAACCUUACACUUUCCUCUGACAUAUAGUAAAUGCAUAAAAUUUGGUCAUAUCAAUUUCUCCAUCUCUUUCCUUGGCCUGAUGAUAUCACUUUCCAUCCAAAAUGCUUGCUCAAGUGCUCAGGAAAAUCUUGAACUGUCGAUUGAAAAAUAAUCUGCUUUAUUGUGUAUCAUGAUGGCGAAGGCUGUGGCAUAAGUUUAACCCUUAACUCAUGAUAAAUGGCUUGUUAUAUCUGCAUCAUCAUGAAAAAUAAUGACAUUACAACUUUGAUUGAAAAAGGCUUUAAGUGCUUCACAUGACUGUCGUUGCCAAGUUUCAAGUCGACUGAGCGUUGAAACAGAAUUAAUUAAUUGACAAAUUUGUGAUUUUCCUUUCUUUGCACUUCUUUGAAAAUACUCUCAAUUCUCAAGAUAUAUCUGACUGACUAUUCAUUUUCUCUAGAAAUCCUUAGACACGAAUAUUAUAAAGUUGAUAAGGAAAUUGGCAAAAAAAUCAAACUAGCUUGUGUGAAUAUUUCUAAAGUAUGCUUCAGCAUUUUAAAUCUCGAUAGAAUAUAAUACAAAAAUUGGCUUAAACUAUACCUCACAUGUUUUAAAGUUUAUACUUCUAAGAUUUGGCGUCAGUAUUUCUUUGGUUCCAGUUGUGGUGAUUCAUGUACCGGUACCAGUUAUGGGCUGCCGGAAAUGAAAAAAUUAGACUAGAAUCCUUUGCAGUUCAGUGAGUUUAUUGUUUAUUUCUGGCAGUUCCUAACCAGGAUGUGAAUUUAAUCGCCGCACUGGUUUCCAUAUAUCUCCAGAAAAGAUAGUUUCAAGAAAGAAAGUUGUUUUCCUUCCAUUUCUGUUGUUUAUUUGCUUUGCCAGGCAUCAUCAAUGAAUUGUUGAUGUCAAUUAUUGUGAUCCAUUGUUGUAGCAUUGUUGUAUUUUAUUACUUUUUAGGAGAUAUUUUUUUAGCCUUUGUGGUGCGAUGUAUGUAUCAAAGUUACUCCUGCUAUUUUUUUUAAAAACAAGGAAAUGAAAUGUUUGCCAAACAUGCACCACGGCUGUGUGGUGGAAACAGUGCCGUGGUUCUCUGGUUUUAUGACAGCAAAUGGGUAUGAGACACUGACAAGGAAGUAGUGUUGAUGUUGAUGUCCACCAAUUGAUAACAACAGAUUGCUUGGUCGUUAAAGCAUGCAGCAGAGCCGGUAUCUGCCCAGGCUAUCUGCUCACAAAUAUUGCCUUGUUGGGAUCAGAUAUGUCAUAGAGCCGGUAUCUGCCCGGGCUAUCUGCUCACCAAUAUUGCCUUGUUGGGAUCAGAUAUGUCAUAGAGCCGGUAUCUGCCCGGGCUAUCUGCUCACCAAUAUUGCCUUGUUGGGAUCAGAUAUGUCAUAGAGCCGGUAUCUGCCCGGGCUAUCUGCUCACCAAUAUUGCCUUGUUGGGAUCAGAUAUGUCAUAGAGCCGGUAUCUGCUCGGGCUAUCUGCUCACCAAUAUUGCCUUGUUGGGAUCAGAUAUGUCAUAGAGCCGGUAUCUGCCCGGGCUAUCUGCUCACCAAUAUUGCCUUGUUGGGAUCAGAUAUGUCAUAGAGCCGGUAUCUGCCCGGGCUAUCUGCUCACCAAUAUUGCCUUGUUGGGAUCAGAUAUGUCAUAGAGCCGGUAUCUGCCCGGGCUAUCUGCUCACCAAUAUUGCCUAGUUGGGAUCAGAUAUGUCAUAGAGCCGGUAUCUGCCCGGGCUAUCUGCUCACCAAUAUUGCCUGGUUGGGAUCAGAUAUGUCAUAGAGCCGGUACUGCUCGGGCUAUCUGCUCACCAAUAUUGCCUAGUUGGGAUCAGAUAUGUCAUAGAGCCGGUAUCUGCCCGGGCUGUCUGCUCACCAAUAUUGCCUAGUUGGGAUCAGAUAUGUCAUAGAGCCGGUAUCUGCUCGGGCUAUCUGCUCACCAAUAUUGCCUAGUUGGGAUCAGAUAUGUCAUAGGGUCGGUAUCUGCCCGGGCUAUCUGCUCACCAAUAUUGCCUAGUUGGGAUCAGAUAUGUCAUAGAGCCGGUAUCUGCUCGGGCUAUCUGCUCACCAAUAUUGCCUAGUUGGGAUCAGUUAUGUCAUUUUCCUCCCUGGGUGAAAUCCUCUAGAGUUUAUAAAGGAGACCUUGUGAGGAAGUGAUAGACCUUUUAGACUUUUUAAUUGCAGUGAGUUGUUUCCUAAUGUCCAGACCACAAUGCUUCACUGGUCCCGUUGCCGUAUCUUUUUAUGCGACUUUUCUGCCAUUAGAAGUCUGUGUGCUGAGGGUUGAUUUACUUAUUCAGACUUACCACUGCCUCAUUCAAUUUUGCACUUUUACAGAAGUGUAGCUCUAUAUUGUUAAAGGGUACAUGUCGGUAGAAUUUAGAAGAUGUAUUUUUAUCAUGCUGUAGUUUGUUCCCCGGUGAAAACUGGGGAAGAAUUGAAGCAUUGUGAGUCAGUUUAUAUACAGACUGCUUUAAUGGGAUUACAUUUUUUUUUGAGGAUUUGCUAUAGGGGGUGUAUCAAAAAAUGAUAUUGUCCUGGGGGUCAACUUGGCUCAUCAGUUGCAGAUCUAAAUUUUUACACUACAGUCCAUUUGAUGGGGGGUUGUCACUUCUAGCAAAAAAGGCCUAAAAGGGUUCAAACCUCACACCAAAAAAGUGCCAAAGUGUAAAUUGUCUGUUUUCUCGCCCAAGUGCUGGUUUUUGUGGAGCUGAUGGUCUAUUUUCGAAACGCCCUGUGUAGCAAAAUUUAUAUGUGAUGUUAUAUUACUACUCACUACCUAGGAUUCAGUUGUUGAAUUUCGGUGUUACCCCGAGUUGUACUUAAUGUUGAAAUAUAUAAUGGUACCAAAAUUAUCUAGAGGGUCCAGCUUCCAUUCUAAUCAUGACAGGUUUGUGUAAAAUUUGUCAUCUUGAUGGAACAUUUGUAACUUAAACUGUAAGAUAAUGUAAAUGAUUUGUGUCUAUAAAGUUUUGAAAAUAUUCGGCAUUGUGUUACAUAAGAUAUGACUGCAGACUUAUCAUGUACUUCAUCUCAUUUUUGUGGCCAUCUGAUACAAACAAAACUUGACCUUUGUACUUAGUGGUUUUCACGGUCUAAAUCAUGUCCGCUGGCAGUCAGAACUCAAAUUGUAAUAAGAGUUAUUUUAUGUGUAGGACAUUUUUAUGUACAAAUAUUGGUGCCACGCAGAGUCAAUUACAUUGUACGUGUAACUACUUCAUGUGGAGUACUUAGGCUUUCAGCAUAAUGGGGUGAGGGUCAGGAUGGCCACAUACUUCCCCAUGGUGGGUUUAUGGUUUGAGAGAUUUUUUCCUGGGGGUUCCUGUGGCCAUGUACCCAGUAUGUCUUGUUUGAAGUAAUCAUAAUAUUUAAAGUGGUACCAGUUUAGCCUGUAUUUUCUGUCUGUGUACAAUAAAGUAGGGUAGAAAAUAACUUAUUUCAGUGCUUAAUGAAAGCAAAGACAAGUUUACUAAAAUCUCAUUUAUUAUCCAAGUCUUGUUCAAAGUUUGGGAAAUAAAACGCACUUGAAAAUUUCACGAUUAUGAUACGCAGAAUUCUUCUGCCAUCUCACAAUCGCUAACUGACAUUUACAUGAAGUUGUUGUUAACUUUAUUACUUUUUCUUUGGCGUGAAUUUUGUAUGAAAUUCUGCAGGUCUCAGAAUGAACAUCUUCCAUCACAACCUGCUGUUUGUGGUCGUCAUGGUUACAGAUUAUGGCUGCAGCACGAAGUUGUAGUGUACGUCGUCAACUGCAACCAGAUUGGGCUGGUUUCUUCCACAAAAUGCAUUUUAGUAUGUGUCACCUAAGUCAUCAUCUAGUCGUAAUAACUUGCACUAUUUGUAAACCAGUUCUACAAAUUGUAUCAAGAAUGGCUGUGUCAAUAAAAAUUCUCUUAAGAGUAUUCGCCCCUUGAAGAUUGUUGGAUUCUGAAGGUCUGUCUCACUGAACAUGUUGGUGGUGACCGCACAGAAUUUCACAGACAUUUGCUAGCCACUGUGCUAGUCCUUGGUGUUGCCUGUGAAAGUGAUGUGAUAACCACAAACCAACUUGUAUGAACUAAUAUAACCUUGGCCAGACUGACUCAAGGGUACCCCACUUCAAGGCUAUGGAGCCAGCCUUCUCAGUGUUUUAAUGUUGUGGUCUGGGCACACCAAAUCUGAUGUUCGGUGCCACUGUUGACAUUAGCAGAUGUCUGGAUGAUGAUGAUGAUGAUGAGUUCUUUGGUGCGUCACAUCUAAAAGAUAAUUGGUGCCUGGUUGAUAUUCUGGUGUGUAGCUUCUCUUAGAUAUUCAGACCACAAAAUACAUCGCCCCUUGAGAGAGAUGGCAGUCCAUGAUGAGUUGACGUGAUCCACCCAACAGUACAUUUCUAAGCUACUGACUGUUGUAUUGUAACUGUUUUCGUGUCUCCUCAUAAUUGUCAUAAAAACAUGUCAUCCUGUACAUUUUCAUGGCAUCAUCCAGUAAAUUAUAUAAUCU